GCGCAACUUCAUCUUGAAAUCGCCAGAGAAUAUACUACCACUUCAUCUUCUCCCCGCUGCCUUGAACGGACAAGGAACUAUAUCUGACGCGGAGCACCGAAGCUCCAACUGAACCAUCUCUCAUUGGACAACUACUAGUUGAACAGCUGGACCUUGUUUUCUACUUCAAGUCCUCCACAUCAACGUAUCAAAUAACAAUAGUCCUAUGCCUCCCCGCGGAACCCGCAAGGCAUCUGGCGGAGCGCCACGCUCAGCUGAACCGACCAGUCCAGCAAGCAAGCGCAAAACAAAUGGCACUGCAGAGAUAGACUCUUCGCCCCGGAGAUCAAAGCGCGUCAAGUCAACGGACGAACUCAAGGCUAUUUCCGUCAACGGAACCGUCAAGGAAGAGGUCGGCGAGGAGACCAAGGACGCAGUAGACGUUGUUGCUGACGAGGUGGACGAAAAGCCCGCCGUGACUGAAAAAGGCCCCAAGAAGAGAAAAACGAAACAGGAGAAGGAAGCCGAAAUGCUGCCUUUGCGAGCCAGAACCCCGGGCCUGCGCAUGUUUGUCGGGGCGCAUGUUAGUGCCGCUAAAGGCGUGUUUAACUCCAUCACCAACAGUACGCAUAUUGGUGGCAACGCGUUUGCGCUUUUCUUAAAGUCCCAGAGAAAAUGGGACAAUCCUCCGCUGCAGGAUGACCACCGAGACCAGUUCCGCAAGAUGUGCGCCGAGCACAAGUACGACGCGGCCCAACACAUCCUCCCUCACGGCUCAUACCUCGUCAACCUCGCCCAGGAAGACAAAGCCAAAGCCAAGCAAGCAUACGACUCAUUCCUCGACGACCUCCGUCGCUGCGAAGCCCUUGGCAUCAAACUCUACAACUUCCACCCGGGCAGCGCCAACCAAACCCCCCACGCCUCCGCUCUCACCCGCCUCGCCAAAGCCCUCACCAACGCCCUAACCGCCACCACCACCGUCAUCCCGGUCCUCGAAACAAUGUGCGGCCACGGGUCCACCAUCGGCGGCCAACUGAGCGAAUUCCGGGACCUACUCGCCCUGAUCCCACCAGAGCACCACCCCCGAAUCGGCAUCUGCAUCGACACAUGCCACAGCUUCGCCGCGGGCUACGACCUGACGUCACGGGCGGGAUUCCAAUCCUUCCUGGCGGAAUUCGAAUCGCAAAUCGGGCUGCAGCAUCUGCGGGCGUUGCAUCUCAACGACUCCAAGGCGCCGAGGGGCAGUCGGCGCGAUCUGCACGCGAACAUCGGCACGGGGUUCCUGGGUCUCCGGGCGUUCCACAACGUGAUGAACGAGCCGCGGUUCGAGAAUCUGCCGAUGAUUCUAGAGACGCCGAUCGAUCGGCCGGAUCCCAAGGCGGGCAAGGGUAAGAAGCCCAGCACGGUGGCGGACCCGAGGGUGUGGGCGGAUGAGAUCGCGUUGCUGGAGUCGUUGAUUGGGAUGGAUGUCGAGGGCGAGGAGUUCAAGGGUCUAGAGAGGAAGCUGGCGGAGGAGGGGCGCGAAAUGCGCGAGAAGCAGCAGGAGCAGUAUGAUCGGAAGGUGGAGACGGAGAAGAAGAAGCAGGCGAAGGGGGGACAGCGGUCGUUGAUGGAUAUGAUGGGUGGGAAGAAGAAGAAGGGAAAGAAAGAGGACGAGAGCGAGGAUGAAGGCUGUCAGAGUCAUUCUGAGGAUUAAGUCAUCAGGUCGGUGUGAUGUGCAUGAGGCGGAUCUAUCUACUACAGAUCCUUACGCAAGGUGUUGAUAAGAAGUAUCAUUUAUUGAUCCAAGGGGUACGCGUUCGGUCCCCUUACAGAUUGGCAGAACUCGC